CAGGUAUUCUCCUAUUCUCCUCACAAACGAAAUGCCAGUAUCAAGUUCACCACCCGGGGUCCUACGCACAGCACCCGGGGGACUGGCCGCACCCUCACAUGCAGCAAGGAAACCCGCCAUGGCACCAGUUCUCCUCACCAAGGAAAAGGUCACCUGAGUUCGCGCCAGGUCAUCCAUACUACAAUGGAGAAUAUAACACGCAACCUACAUUGUACAAUCAAGGACCUUUUGGUCCACGACCUGAUCAGCAAAACCUCCAAAGAUACCCCCAAAACUACGAAAGCAGAUCGUCAUUUGACCUCGUCAAUUCUGAAACGAGAGACUCUCCAAACGAUGGACGACUGCUCUCAGACUCUGCGUUCACCAGAAUAUCUGAAACUCUGGGUGCCAUAAACACUGUGGGACACUAUCUCGUAGAUAUGGUCAACGAAAAUGAGAGAGAUGAGACUGACCCGAACCUGAAACAGUUACCUCAAGCGCUCUACACGAUCAGCAAGAACGUUCUUGGCAGAAACGUCACGGACAAGAUAGCGCCUAUCGUCAAGAAAGCGCUGCCAAGAGUGCUUCCUGAUGCUCCCAUUACCAAAAUAGCUACGGCCAAUGAAAAGGACAACACCAAAUCGUGCACCACUCCUGAAGGUGAAGAAGGCAUCUGUGAGGAUCUGAGCAACUGUCCACAGCUGCUUUUGAAUCUAGUCAACCUCAGAGAAUCGCUUUGUUUCAAAGACCUUUUCGUUCCUGGGGUGUGUUGUCCGAAAGACGCUGUUGUUCUGGCCACGCCGUUGGUGGAAAAGCCGAUUGUGACAACAACGACCAAGCCUACAUAUUUAGUGCCUGUAACGACUCAGAGGCCUCAGAGGCCGCAAAAGCCACCGAAGCCAACGACAACUAAGAAACCGUCCGCCAUCUUGGUUCUUACGACAAAGAGGCCGAAGCCGGCGACGACAACUACGAGGCCGACCACCACCACUGCAGUUGCGGUGACGACUCCGAGACCUCCUCCGACUUCCACCUUCUUCACUGUGCCACCACCAAUACUGACGAACUUCUCCAACAUCGUUAGUAUGGAAGAAUGCGGACAGCGCGAAGAUGAGGGCGGCCGCAUCGUGGGCGGCACGGAAUCCAAACCGGGCGCGUGGCCCUGGAUGGCGGCUAUCUACCUGCACGGCAGCAAACGCCGCGAGUUCUGGUGUGGAGGCACGCUGGUGAAUCGACGGCAUGUCUUGACUGCUGCCCAUUGCACCAGGGACUCCAAACAGCGGCCAUUCCCAGCGCGUCAGUUCAGCGUGCGUCUCGGUGACGUAGACCUGGCUCGGGAUGACGAGCCCUCGCGUCCGGUCACGCACAGAGUCACCGCAGUCAGGGCACACGAGCAGUUCUCAAGAGUCGGCUUCUACAACGACAUCGCGCUACUGGUGUUAGCUGAUAACGUCCUCAAAUCCAAAUACGUGAUCCCCAUCUGUUUGCCCACUGGGGAGCUAUCCCGGCAGCUCUUCGACGGCUCCUUAGCUACCGUAGUUGGAUGGGGAACCACCCGCUACGGAGGCGGGGAGAGCUCCAAACAGCUGGAAGCCAAACUACCGGUGUGGAGGAACGAGGACUGCGAUAGAGCGUACUUUCAGCCGAUUACGGAGACGUUCUUAUGUGCUGGGUACGCUAGAGGAGGCGUUGACGCUUGUCAGGGUGACUCCGGCGGGCCGCUCAUGCUGCAAGUGCAAGGCCGCUGGACGCAGAUCGGCGUGGUGUCGUUCGGCAACAAGUGCGGCGAGCCCGGCUACCCCGGCGUCUACACGCGCGUCACGCACUACAACUCCUGGCUGCAGCAGAACCUGCUUUGAGGACCUUCGUUCGAAUAGCUUAGGACACACUACAACUCCUGGCUGCAGCAGAACCU